AUGAAUGGCAUUUCAUGGAUAAUCUACGCCAUUGCUGUAUUAUUCGCAUGCUUUCAUAAUGUGGAUUGUUUUGGCUUAUUUAAGGACGAUACAUUAACAACUCCGACUAUAAAAACAAGAUCAGCCAUAAGAACACCAGAAGUUAUACCUAUGUAUCAAACACCAAAAUGGGAACCAAUCAUUGUAACGGAACAAAGACGUCCAAAUAAACAACUUAGAGUAAUCUGUACAGAGAGCGAAAAUGUUAUCAAGUGUUACUUCAUUAGCAAGGGAGUCAGUGUUCAACGCUUCAACGAGAAAACUCUAUGGUCAACAUGUAUUUUGAAUUUCCUGUACUUAACUAUUUCAAGUCAUUCUGAGAAUGAUACUGGCAGACAACAACGGUGCAACAGACAAUACUAA